AUGUAUACAUACUGCUGCCUGGCGCCUGGGCAGGACGUCUGGCCUCUGCUGCAGCACCUCACCUACACCUACCUGCCCGCCCCUCCGCUGCUGCCCCCCAUUCAGGCCCACAACUUCUGCAGCCGGCCCCCGAGCCUGAGCGCGGGCGAGUGGGCGGCUCCACGGGAAUACCACUGCUUCCACGCCACAGGCGCGACGCUAGUGAUCACGCCGCCCUUGUGGGCCUUCCCGCAGGCCUACGCUGCGGCCCUGCAACCGCCGUUCCCAGCGCCCGGCUACCCAGGGCCGUCGCUUCAGAAGCCCGCAGAUGCGGGGCUGGCGGCGGUCGAGAGCGGGACGCAGUGGCCGGAAGGCAGCAGCCUGCACGCUGAGCUGCACUGGGGCCGCGUGGAACGUACGCUCCCGCCGGGCCUCCAUCUGCCGGACUUCGUGCGCCGGGAGUUGCGACGAGCGUACGGCACGUACCCACGCACCGACGUGCGCGUCACCUAUCGCGGCGGCGAGUUCCUGCUGCAGGGUGCACCGCGCGUGCGCGAGCCCGAGUACCGUACGGAGAGGCGAGUGAUGCGCCGGCCAGCCAGCAGCUGCAGCGGCUACAGCAUCCCCGCGGGGGAAGCGGCGGAGCGCGGCCGCCGGAAGAAGAGGAAAGACUUGAGCUGAGGGCGCCGCGAGGCCCGGCGGCCGGCGAGGGCCCAGACCCUUGAAGUCUCUCAACUUCCCCCAUCUCGGGACUUCCCUGGUGGCUCAGUGGUUAAGAAUCCGCCUGCCAAUGUAGGGGACGUGGGUUUGAGCCCUAGUCCGGGAAGAUCCCACAUGCCGCGCAGCAACUAAGCCCAUGCGCCACAACUACUGAGCCUGCAAGCCACAACUACUGAAGCCCGCGUGCUCUAGGGCCCACGUGCCGCAGCUACUGAGCCCGCAUGCCUAGAGCCCGUGCUCCGCAACAAGAGAAGUCACUGCAAUGAGAAGCCCACGCACCGCAACGUGAAGAGUAGACCCCGCUCACCGCAACUAGAGAAAGAUCGCACGCAGCAACGAAGACCCAACACAGCCAAAAUUAAUUAAUUAAUUUUAAAAAAAGAACUAAGUACACAUCCCCCAAAAUUCCAUUCACAGGAAUUUAAAAACAAAAAAAACACUUCCCCAUCUCUGAGAAUCCGCAUUGCUCACAUUCUUCCCCCAAGUCUUCCACAUAUGCCCUGGAAAUGCCCAGAGACUGCAAACAGUAUACCCCUAUCCCCCAGCCCCAGUGAGGGAGGAGGCCCCCAAUUACAGGCUUUUUGAAGGAAGUGCUGCCACUCAGCUCAGUCCAACAUGCCAGUCCUUCCAAACCCCAGUGCUUGCUCCAGCCCUAAGGAUGUAAAGAAGCCCUGCAGGGAGCCUAGAUGCUUCUUUCUUUGUUCUUUUCUUUGAACUUAACCCUUAGAACUCAUAAAACAUCUGGGCUGCCAGGGACUUUACUGUUCACCUGGCCCAACCUCCUCAGGUGACCUUAUGCUGGGAAACCGAGGCCAGAGAGAAGGAGUGACUCACCCAAUGUCACACAGUAGGUGGGAAUCCAGAGCGUCUAGAUCCCAGCAGGGCUUGGGCUACCAAACUCAUCUUGGUGGCCUUCUCCUCCUGGCCUUGCCCCAGCUUUACCCAACCCUGGCAUCUGGUCUAGAGCCCUUUGCUCAAUAAACCCUGACUGACCAAUUUUAAA